CACUGUCAUGUGUGCACACGCUGUGCACCUGCCCUGUGCUGUGCUGCACUGUCUUGUCUGUGCCACUGGCACAGACCGUAGUCUAAGCUCAUGAUCCAUCCAUCCACUUCUCUCUUCACCCCACCCCAUCCCAUCCCAUCUGUCUUUCUAUUCCACCAAUCACUGCAUGUUGACUACCACGCCGUUCGCCCCAACCUGCUGCACCGCCUCGCCACCCUCCUGCCCAUCGUCCAUGCCAGCUGCCUCAUCACCAUCAGCGCCACCACCAGCAGCAGCAGCCGCGGCAGCAGGAGCAGCAGCGUCUACCAUGACCGCAUCCAUGACGCCGUCAUGCGCCCCUCCCUCCUGCACCUCCCCUCUCUGUCGCUUGUUGCUGUCCUCCUCAGGCCCGUCCCUCUCACGCUUGAAGCCGCCGGCCUCCGACGAGGGCUGGGAGCGCAUCGCAACGCCAUCCUCUGCAGGAGAGUCGGGAAGCGGUGGGAUGUCCGCUGCGGCUGCAGGGAGGGGCAGGUGCUGCUCGAUGUAGGCUCGCGCCUGGUCGAAGAACCCCUCGAUACGCUGCACGGCGGUCUCGGUGCUGCCGUCGGUGGCGAAGGCGCAGUCAUGCAGCCAGGGCCACAGCCAUGGGGCCAGCUGAGGGUUGCUGCCGGAGCGGAUCUCCGCCAGGAAACGGAGGUCGAUCAGGAUUAACACACCGUAGUCGCGCCUGUAAUGCCACACCACACACACAGGCAAGAUGCUAGCUACACUGCCUGCCUGGCUGCCUGUGUGUGCGGCCACUUGACUCACUCACUGGUGUCUGAUGCAGCGCCCGAGUGCCUGGUUGAGCGGCCGGUAGGCCUGCUGGUCAUACCACAACGUCCCACUCAGCCGCCACUUGUCUGCUGCCGGCGUCACACCCGCACCACCCACACCAGGCACACCAGCAGGGGGACGGCCUCGCGGCACCAUCUGAGCACCAUUGGCAGCAGCAGCUGCUGCAGCAGGAGGGGACAUGGGGUGGCGGACAGGCCGCAACGGCCGCAUGUUGGGGUGGUUGCGAUUGGCGACGGGUGGGCUGUGUUGAUACAUGUCAGGCUGCGAUGCGUGGCGCGGCUGCUGCGAUAGCGACAUGGGUGGUAUGAAUGGCGGCCGGGGAGGGCCGGGGCGGGGGCGGAAUGGCGGUGAGAGAACCCCGCCAUUGACGCCAUUGUGAGGCGGCAACGGCUGUGUUGGCAUCUGGCUCAGAGGAACGUCGCCGUUGACGAUAGGUGGAGGUCUCUGCGGCGCCUCGGGUGCGUUGGGGGGCGGGCGAGGUCGGAAUUUGAUGGUUUGCUGGACCGGGGGUGACGCAGGAACCGCAGCGGCCGCAGCAGCUGCUGCAGCUGCGUCAGGGGGUGAUGGGUCGGGGGGUGGUCGCUUUGCGGGGCCUUUGGUCUUGUUGGCCUCCGGAAGAGUGAAGGGCGGAACGACCCGGGGGAGCCGCUGCACCAGACAGGCAUCGUUGUAGUCCUGCAGACGUGCGACACGCGACACAUGACAGAUGACGGGAUGGAUGUGUCUGUUGUCUCCCUCCCUCCGUGUGUGUGGGUGUGCGGAUGAAGGUACCUUCUUCUUGGCAACUCGUGGGUCGGUGAUGCUGGGGUAUGGCUUGCCGAUGACCAGCACCCCUCGGGCAUGGUUGUCGUUGAAGGAGAUCCCCUCCGACAGCUUUGCACGGUAGACGGCGAAGAGGAGAGCCGACCCGCCGUCGGCACCGGUGGCCUCGAUGAACUGCUCCUUUACCUCGUCGAAAUUGUCCCUAUGUUUUUGACACACGCGCGAGGAAAUGUAAUAAUGUGUAUGCGGUCGAUUGGAUUGAUACGUGUGUGUCCGGGGGCAUCGCACUUUUCUUCGAUGAGUACGAGGCCCUUGGCGUCCUUGAGCCGCGCCCAGAUGUCCUUGCGCUGGGUGCUGGGGGCCGCUCGGUUGUUCUCCCAGCACCAACGAAGCUGCACACACGCAUGGCAUGCAGAGAGAGGAUUCUGGAGUGGAGUGGUUUCUGUCUGUCUGUCUGUCUGUCUGUCUGAGGUGUGUGGGGGUGUGUGUGACCUUCUUGAGGAUAUUGUAUGACGGAAAGAAGGCCAGCACGCCGCCGGGGAUCUCGCUGACCAGGUCGACAAUCGUCUCGCCUAGCGCUACCAUCUUGUGGGUCUCCUGCCAGCUACAAGGAUGCACGCCACACACACACACACACACACGCCAUGCAGAGAGAAGUCCAUGGAUCCUGCAUUCUCUCCGUGUGUUGCAUUGUGUUGAUGCUCACAAUUUGUAGUUGCACUCGAGCUGCACCCCGGCUUUGCCCCUGCUACCCUUGGGCGGCUGGCAGCGGGCUGGCGCGUUCGACACCACAUGCACCUGAAGCUGUUUGGACACACACACACACACACACACACACAGCGACAUCUCUCGACCUGGCCGGUUUGUGUGUGCCCAUGCUCAUGCCCCUUCCUGCCUCCUUCCCUCCCUCCUUCCCUCCCGCCGACCUGUUCCUUGUGUAUGCAGUGCUGGGCCUGCAGCACCAACCGCUCCCGCUCGCUCGUCACACUGCGCUCGAAGGUCGGGCCUGAGAGAGAGAGAGAGAGAGAGAUGGUGGACACCACACACGUCGGUGUCUGGAUGGGUGUGUGGCGGUGUGUGGUGGUGGGUGUGCAGCGUACCGACCGAGCUCUGUGUAGAAUGAGUUGACGGGUGUGAGAGUGCCGCUGGUGACGAUGACAGAGUGUGCCUGUGCAGCGAUGGCCUCGAACAUGACGGCGGGGGACAUGCACCAGAGGUGCAGCUUGCCCAUCUCGGGCGUCGUGCCCAUCAACACAACUACACACACACAUUAUGAUACAUGCCACAGACAGACACACAGACAGAAGACAGGCAGGCACACGUUCGUUGUGUGGUGGGGUGGGAAUGUGUGUGUGUGCCGGCCGACCGACCGACCGUUGUAGUAGCAAGGGUUCCACACGGAGAAGGCCAGCUUCUCUAUCAUAUCCUCCUGACCAACCACAUCAAUUAACACCACACACGAGCGUGUGUCCCUCCCAUCCAUCCGUCCACAGUCCUCUCUCUCUCUCUCUUGACGUCUGUCUGUGUGGCUAACUCACCUGCACGUCCACCCAUCUGUUGAGCAUGUGCUCCACGCGACUCUUGAGGCCCUUCUCGCGCGCCUGACACACAACACAACACAACACAACAUAGCACAGCACAGCACAGCACAGAACGAAGAGAUAAGCAGAUACAGACAGACUCUUCCACCCAGUGGCACCAUUCCACCCGUCGGCUGACUCUCUCACUCUCUCAUCGCCCACCCGGUCGAUGGCCUGCCUGAAGGCCUCCGUCAUGGUCUCGUGGUGCUCCUUGACCUUGAUCAUCGUCUCCUUGUCCAGACCUACACGCCGCAAAAAGUCGGCCAUCGAGGAGCGGGGCGCCUUGGCACCGGGCCGUGCGGCGUUGUACUGGUGCGACCCCUCCACGCGCUGCGGGACCACCAUGCCCCAGCAGUGCACCUCGUCGUCACCGCUGUCAAGCGGAGAGGAGUUCUGUUGACAGAGAGGGAGAGGGAGAGGGAGAGGGAGAGGGGAAGGAUUGUGUCUGUCUGUGUGUGGGGGCUGAGGUGGUUGGUGUGAUGGGGCUUGGCUUACGAAGCUCUUUUUGUGGAUCCAUGGCGGCUGGUUCUUGCUGCUGUUGUUGCCAUGUGGGGGCUGGUGCUUCUGGUCCUCGUAGAACUUCUCGAGGAUCUUCUUCAUCUCGUCGUGGAUCCGCAUGAAGACCGUCUGCAGGAAAUACGCUAUGUCAUACCUGCGUGACACGGCAAAAGCCCAACACACACACAUCAAUCAGUCAAUCCAUCCCCCCUGCCCCCCUCCCUCCUUGUGUGUCGUGCUCAUGAUCAUGCUCACGCACACACCUACAUGUUGGUGUGGCCCUUAACCUUCCAGGCCUUGGCCCAGUAGUCGUCGGUUUUGCUGGGGAUCGGCAGCUCGCCAUACGUCUCCCGCCGGAUGUCCGCCUCCUCCCUCUCGCGCUCCUCGCGCUCGCGACGCUGCUGAUCCGUCUCGGGACCGUAGGCGUCGAACCCGCCGAGGCCGCUCUGGCCGCCCUGGCCACCACCUGCUGCUGCUGCUGCCGCUGCAGCCGCUGGUGGUCGGUUGGGAUGGGCCAUGUUGAGCUGUGGCUGUGUGCGGGUGUGUGCGGGGACGAGCUGCAGGAACCUGAAAGAGAGAGAGAGAGAGAGAGGCAGAGAGUCGGGGUGGUUUUGGUGUUGGGUGGUGGGUGGUGGGUGGGGUUACCAGUCGGCGGUUUCCCGCAGGUGGUCCAUGGUGUACUCGAAAGAGCCGCACUCCAUGCAGUAGUCCUCCACGUUGUGGGCCUCGUCGAAGAUCACCAACGCGCCCUUGGUGUCGAUACUGACACGCACGAUGAACCAAGGAUGAUUGGUCAGUCUUCACCCAUCCACCCAUCCACGCAGUCACCGCACCGCAUCAUUCGGCGUAUCUUGGGGUCGAGCAGAUACGAGUAGGGACACAGCAGAAGCUCGCAUAGGUCGCCAGUGCCCAACACCUGACCCAACACACCACACCACACACGGAAGAAUGACGACUCGCCAACAAAGAGAGAGAGAGAGAGAGAGAGAGGGAGAGGGAGAGAGAGGGAGGGAGGGGCCCACCCACCCUGGUCACCUGUGCGGUGAAGUAUGGGCAGGCCCUGAGGUCGCCGUCGCCACCCUGCGAGUCGGCCGCACCCACCGGGUGGCGCUGCAGGUUUGGGAAGAGGUCGCGCAUCCUCACACCACCACCAUCGCCGUCACCCUUGCCGUAGGUCUCAGGCGACGAACCAAACCUCACCUGCACACACACACACACACAUCCAUCCAUCCAUGUAUGUAUCAAUCACUGUGGUCUGUCUGUGGUGCCACCUACGAUGUCCUCUAUGUCCCAAGUGCCGUCCUUGUGCUGCGGCCCCUUGGGCGAGCCGUCGGGUGGCUUCCCGCGAUUGCUCCGCAGACACGAGUGGGUCUUCUUGGCCAAAUCCUCCGACGUCAGACCAUCCCAGAAACCACACGCCUGAAGCACAACACAACUCACCCAAUGCAGAGCACGUCUCAACACAUGACAUGACAUGAUGAUGCCCCAAUUGCAGGCAGAUGCACCCAUUCCGUCUCUCUCUCUUACGUUGUCCUUCCUCGCGAGAAGACACCACCGUCGCAGCUCCCCCGUGCUGGCCAUCGCACCGCCCUCGCGACCCAACGCCUUAUCGCUCUGCGCGUAGACGUUGGGAAAGGUCUUGUUGGCCUGGGUGUUGGGGGGGUUGUUGCUGCUCGCUGCUGCUGCUGCUGGGGCGUGAUUGUCGUCCGGCUGGUCGGUGUUUGUGCUGUCCCUGGCCCUGGCCUGCUGCGCCUCGAUCCAGCCGUCGCGCAGCUGGUCCUGGAUGACACACAGGAACUUGCGCGAGGCGAGGGUGGUGAGCCGCGGGCGGUAGGGGGUGCGCAGCACCUGAGGAAAUGCCAUGAACCACGUGGUAAGGUGCUGGGUGAGACAGACGAUGUGGGUCUGUGGGUCUGUGGGUCCGGUGAGGGGGUGGGGGUACACGUGUGUGGUGUGUGGCCACUGACCUCCUUGGCGACCUGUUUGCACUGCUCGUGUGUUCGUGUGGCGUAGAUGAUCUUGCGGAUGGCGAACUGCUCCUGCUCCUGUCGACCUGGACAAAACACACCACACCACACCACAUCACACCACAACACACAUACAGAUGGAUGGGUGGAUCCCAUUCCCCGCGCCAUCCCUGUCUGCCUCUGCUUACUCAGUGCUAUCUUGCCCAGUGCAGCGUCGCGCAUCCUGGUCUGGCAGUGGCGCACGAAGGCCAGCGGCGCACACAGCAGUGCCGCCGUCUUGCCGGUGCCGGUGGGCGACUCGAGCAGGGCGUGUUUCUUGUUGGUGAAGGCGUAGAUCAUCCUGUCCAUCAUCUGGGCCUGCGAUUGCAUCAUCUGCGGGUAGUGGAACAACACCUGUACAAUGAACCCAGACAGACAGCCACACACAACAGACAGAUAGAGAGAUGGCCACAGACAGAGAGAUGAAGCUUGACCCCACUCCAUCCAUCCAUCGCACCCGCGCACCUCUAUGCCGUGGAAUGGCGUCCUCUGUCUGGUCUUGGAUUGCACCACAUGGAUCACCGAUGGCGGCGGGUUCUGGCCUGGUCCGCGGGGGAUGCUCGCAGCGUCACACCGGUCCUGGAAAUCUGACACAUACACAGCACACAAAGAACAAGAUGCAGCAAGUGGAUGGAUGGAUGGAUGGAUGGGUGGAUGGCGGACAGCAGCAUCAUAUCAUGGCGCCCACCCACCUAGAUGCUGCAGCCUCUCGAUGAGGAUCUGUGUGUUGUUCUUCUUCUUCGGCGGCUGACCGGGGCGGCGCCAUCGGUUGCCGCCCUCUCCUCCCAAUGAGUCGGGGUCCUCCUUGUUGAGAUCUACGAAGGUGUAAUCGUCCUCCCACUUGCGGUGAGGGUACCGCCCCAUGCGCUCAUCGUAGGGCAGCGCCUGCGUGCCGCCGUCAUCCUCUUCUCCGUCCAUCGCCCCGUCAUCCUCAUCGCCAUCCAUGUGCUCGCCAUCGCGCCAAUCGUAGCCCUCAAAAAACAUCUGCCGGCAAAGGGAUUCUUCGGACUCAGGGUUCGGGUUUGGGUUUCAGGGUUCGCAAACCCCAUUCAUGUUAUGGGUCGGGCUUGGGUUGCAUGGUGGUUUUGUAGGGCAUGUGAUAGUCGCUUGUGUGAUUGC